AUAUUCCCAAAAGAUAGUGUGACCAAUCAUUUCUACAUACUAUUAAAUUACCCUAAUAAGAUAAAUUUACCCUUCUUUCCCUUUCGGCUCUCUUUUUUUCUUUUUUUGCAUUCCUUCUUUUUUUAUUAUUUCUCAAUGAUAUUUUCAAAAGUAUUUAAACCAAAUCCAAUCCAAACAUUCGAAGUCAACAUUUGUUCUGGAGUAGAGAAUAAUGCUAUAGCAUUUGGACCUGGAUCUAUUAUAAAUGGUAUGCAGGUUGAUAAGCUUUAAAGAUAUGCUAACAACAUAUGAUAGGCAAUGUGAAAUUAUUUUUGGAUAAGCCUGUCAAGACAAAGUAUAUAAAGAUCAUAUUUACUUGUCAAGAAAAGAAGGAUUCAGUUACUCUAUUCUCUGUUGAAUCCAAUAUUUGGAAUAGUAAACAAGAUGAAGGAGAAGUAUUGGAAUCAGGCGCACAUUUAUAUCUGUUUGCUAUACAGUUGCCAUCUAAUGUAAACUAUCCACCUACCAUACGUGAUGAUAGUCUUGGACACCGUAUCGAAUAUUCAUUACAAGGAUUUAUUUAUCUAUCUGAUCAAACCAGCAAAUCAACCAAUUGUCUACCAUUAACUUAUUUACCUUUGGUUGCAGUAAAGACAAAUGCAGCUAGUGAAAAUAAGACAGUCAAGAUAGAAAGAGGAGAUGAGUUUGUUUUAGUUACUGCAGCUUUAGUCAACCCUUAUCUCUGCCCAGGUAAACUUGACAUAUAUCCCGUUUAUCCUCUUUUUCCUUUCUUUUUUUGCUGAAUUUCUUUUUUCUAGGUGACUUUUGUAGAAUCAAGUUGGAAACACAAAACAAGUCAUCACAAGCUAUUAACCAAGUGACUAUUCAAUUGAUAUCGACAACUACCUCGUUAAAAAACAACACAGGCCCCAUUGCAUCCACUGGUCCAUCUUAUCACCAUAAAAGGCAUGAGAUUCUGUCUGAA